AUGUCGGACUUCGGUGCGCCUCCGGUCAUCCCCGUUGAACUGCAGCAGUACAACUCCUACGUCGAAGAUCCGAAAUGGCAGGCCAAGUUCUCUUACAUCUGGGCUGGAAUCGUCGCUGCGGCCAUCCUGGCCUCUGUGCCCCACGUUGUUCAGUCCUUCCUUAACCGACGCUUGUUCCGUGGCAUGAUCACCGGCGUCGUCGAGCAUGCAACCGGAAAGCACUACCAGUCCACCGGAACGAAUGACAUCGUCCCUACCCACACCAAGCGAAGGAUCUCUGGUGUCGUCCAGACUCUGGCGUCCACUGUUCUCUGGACGCUUCCCGGUGUCGAGCUGAAUCUCGGACAAAUGCUACUCGUCGGUGGUUAUCUCGCCCUCGUUAUCGCGUGCAUCACCAUGAACAUCGAUCUCGUCACCUAUCCCAACCGCGCAGGUUUUAUUGCCCUUGCACAGCUGCCCAUCGUCUUCCUCUUCGGCACCAAGAACUCCGUCCUCUCGCUCAUCCUCGGCCCUGGAAACGGCUACGAGAGGCUCAAUUACAUCCAUCGGUGGUCUGGACGCGGCCUCUUCGUCGCAUCGACCAUCCACGGCGCACUAUGGAUCCAGAAUCACCUCGUCUGGGGUCUCCCCAUCAUCGGCCAGCAGAAGGAGACAUCGGGUGUGGCCGCGCUCGGCGUUCUCUGCGCACUCAUUCUCACGUCCUUCAGACCGCUUCGACGGUGGUUCUACCAGUCCUUCUUCAUCGUUCACGUCCUCGGAUAUGUCGCCUUCUUCAUUACAAUCUGCUAUCACACCACGUACGCCUCUCCCUGGAUCUUCCCGCCCCUCGCCUUCUACGGCUUCGACAUGCUCCUCCGCCUGUUCCGCUACCGCAUCAAGGAUGCUACCUUGGUCCCUGUGGAUCGCAACAUGACCCUCAUCCACGUCCACAACUGCAAUGACGGUUGGCUCGCAGGCCAGCACGUCCGCCUGCGGGUCUUCAUCGGCGCCCGCGUGUUCGAGUCCCACCCGCUCACGAUCCUCAACGCCCCGCCCGCGUCGUCCUGCAUGCCGUCGAACACCAUCACUCUCGCCGCCCGUGCGGUUGGCGACUGGACCCGGGCGAUCAACGCGUACGCCCUCGCGGAGCAAGAGCGUCUUCGCAGUGAGAAGCGCGGCGAGGGAGAGGUCGCCGACGCCCCGAUCCAAGUGAUGAUCGACGGCCCGUAUGGCGGCUGCAGCAUCGACCUCGGCCAGCACGAGUCCGUGCUGCUCGUCGCCGGGGGAUCCGGGGCGGCGUUCACGCUCGGGAUGCUUGACGACCUCGUUGCGCGCUGCACCCGGCUCGGGCGCGCGUCCGGGGAACGCACGCGGCGGAUCGAGUUCGCGUGGUGCGUGCGCUCGUACGGCGCGGUGGGCUGGUUCGCGCCGCGGCUCGCGGAGCUCGCGCACGCGUGUGCGGGGUCGAGCGUGGACCUGCACGUGUCAGUGUACGUGACGGCGGCGUGCGCGGCGGAGGGGGUGCCGUUCGUGCGGAACAUGGAAAUCGUUGCCGUUGAGCGGCCCGGGGUGAUGAGGUUGCUGCGCGAGUUCGUGGCGGGGCCGAUGGGGCGGCACGGGGCGGGGCAGAAGAUGGCGAUGGACACGGACGUGGAGUCGGUCAGCGCGGAGUCGCUUUCGGACGACGGCUGUGGGCGGCUGGUGCCCGGGUCGGAGCCGCCGGUGUGGGUCGGCCUGGGCGGGGGCGUCGGGGUGUGCGCGGCGGGGCCGGAGAGCAUGACGCGGGAGGCGAAGAACGCGGUGGCGUGGAUUGGGCUCACGCGCGGGGUCGAGCUCGGCGGGGUCGCGCUGCACACGGAGCUGUUUGCGAUGUGA